CAGCUCUUUGUGUAUCUAAUUCCGUAACACAGAGUGAAUUUUGCGCUUGUGUUUCAGACACGUUAGAUUUGAGUCAAAAGUACCUGGAUGGCAGGCAUAUAGUUUUUGUUCACGGAUCAAGGUCUUCUAUCCAACACGAUGAGCAGAUUUGGUGGUUACAGAUGGAAGCACAAACCUCCCGAUCCUGAUUCCAAAGUAGCAACCAGACAUAAAGAUCGGAGUGACAUGAUUCUUCAAUAUAAAGCAUCAGUCAUUAAUAAAUGUAAGGUUGCAACAGAGCAUAAUCUUCCAUGUGUGGAUCUGGCCACCCGUUACACUGAACCAGUGAUUAUUCAGAGGAGCAAAGAGCAGACUGAGAAAUACUAUCUUGAACAUGUGAGGUCUGUGGAUGCUUCAUCUCAUCUGUUAUCAAAUGACAAGAAUCACAGCAUCAGAAUAGACCAGCUGUUCAGUCCUGACAGUGAUGAAAACACACCGAAAACUGUGAUUCUCAGUGGAGAUUCUGGAAGAGGGAAAUCCUUCACGUUACAGAAGAUCAUGUUGGACUGGGCUUCUGGAGAACUUUACUCUGAAAACUUUGAUGUAAUGUUUCUUUUUAAUUGUGAAGAGCUGAAGUGUAUGUUUGAGGAAAUGAGCUUAUUUGAGCUUUUGAGCUGGAGUUGCAGUUUAACAUUGGAUCAGAUCUCACAGAUACUGAGUAACAACACCAAAGAAAGUCCUUUUCCUCAUUGAUGGGAUUGAUGAAUAUGUAUCUCA